CAACAGGCCUACUCAAUCGUGUUCCUCGAUGAACAUGAGAUAAAAGUUACUUGAGCUGCUUACAAAGGACAAGCUUCCAAGUGCAAGCUUCCUCUUGGCGCAGUCGGAGAGGAAGGGAAUACGGUGUUGGUGACGGUUUGUGUCUUCGGACAAGAAGAGGAGACCGAUGAAAAAGUCACCGGCAUCCUCUCUCUUCUCCAAAACCCUCUACUUCAUCUAUCGCCCUCGUCCCGCCGAUGCUCUACUUUCCUCCUCCUCCUCUUACUCCGUCGCCGCUACCGGAAGCGGAGCUCUUCAGCCCAGCUUCAUGGCCGAAUACCUCGUCACGUCAUGUGGCUUCUCCCCGGAGAAGGCGACCAAGGCCUCGAAUCUCCUCGGCGGCAUCGCGUCCCGCCGGCAGCCCGACUCCGUCCUUGGCUUUCUCAAAAGCCACGGUUUUGACGACACCCAUGUGAAAGAGCUCUUGUCUGGGAACCCCCGGUGGCUUCUCCUCGACGUGGAGACGAACCUGGCCGCCAAGUUCCGAACUCUCCAGGAGUUAGGCUUCUCACAGUCCGACAUCACCCACCUCGUCGUGGCCAAUCCCGCCGCAAUCAACUUUCGCGUCCCCACCGUGGUGCACAAGAUCCGGUUUUGGCAGGGACUCAUGGGAUCCAAAGACGUCCUCGUAAAGCUUUUUAAGCACCACCGGUGGCUUCUCGAGUAUAGCAUCGAGAAGAGGAUCCAGCCAAACAUCGAUAUGCUACGGAGCUGUGGUUUCACGGAUCAAAAGCUUAGAACGAUCCUGAGGUACCAGCCCAUGUUGGUAACCCAGAGGGCGGAAACCUUGAGGGCCUUGAUCAGUCGUGUCGAGGGAUUCGGAGUAGCCCGCACCUCGGGGAGGUUCCACUGGACUCUGUGGAAGCUCUCCAAUGUUAGCGUGGAGAGAUUCAAUGCGCAAAAGAAGCUAUUCAGGGCCUUCGGGUGGUCAGAGGCCGACUUCCUCGACGCAUUCAGAAAGACUCCUGGUUUCUUGACAGGUUCCCUGAAGAAUCUGAAGAUGAAAAUGGAAUUCUUGGUGAAUGAGGCUGGAUAUGCUCCGUCUUAUAUCGCCCUCCGGCCUGUGCUUUUGACAUAUAGUUUAGAGAAAAGGUUGAUCCCAAGAUAUCAGCUCAUGGCAGCCGUGAAGUCCAGGGGGCUGUGCGCUGGUCAUCCCAAAUUGCUCACAUAUAUCCUGUGUCCAGAGAAGAAGUUCUUGGAAAGGUAUGUCAUCAUCUACAAGAAGCAGUUUCCGGAGCUCAUUGAAUUGUACAGUGCGAGAAAAUAGUAGUUCUGGAUUAGCUAGCUGUAGGUUUUGGUUCCUGCAAUCCAUGGUUUCAGGUUCCAGCCUUUUACUCUCUGCCUAACUUGAUCUGCAGUUUGAGACUUAUUAGUAUUAUGAUUUAUGUCAUUUGCUUCCUUUUUUUCUGGUGCAUUAAGUGAAAUGUAGCUGCAUACAUGUAGAAAGAAAGGAAAGCAAUAUGAAGUGGAACACAAUGACUCCUUGUAGCA